GGCACCAUUGCACUCCACCUGGGCAACAGGGUGAGACCCUGUCUCAAAAAAGAAAGGGAGGGUUUAUAAUCACUCCUGACAUGAUACAGAGUAUCCAUUUGAGUUCAUAACAUAAAUACGUACUUGGUGAAUGCUCUAUAACUACUGGCCUUUUUUAUUGUUCCCAUUUUACAUAUAAGGAUGCUGAGGCUCUGUGAGGAGAAAUAGCUUAGCCCAGGUCAUCCAGUGGGAAGCGGCUGGUGCAGAUAAACAGUGAUCGUGGUGGGACAUUGCCUAGCCUAAGGUUCAGCAUACAAUAUUCAGUCAGUACUCCAGGGCUGAGCUGUUUCUGGUCAUCAAAGGGCUGCCUUGUUCUCCUGCCCCACAGCACAGGAAAUUCCAAGGUGGUUUUCCUUACAGGCUCCUCCUGCUUCUGUCACCAGAGGGGACAGCAGAGGAGCCCAGGUACCUAAGCCAACUCAAGAGAAGAUGGAAUUGAAUAUCUCAACCACCUUGUCUGGGCCUCUGUGAUUGUUGAGGAGGGGGCUGUCACUGGGAAAGCUUCCACGAUGGCCUGGUCCCUGGUGUUCCUCAGUGUCAUCGUCUUGCUGUCUGCCUUCUCCGGACCUGGUGUCGGGGGUGGCCCUAUGCCCAAGCUGGCUGACCGGAAGCUGUGUGCAGACCAGGAGUGCAGCCACCCUAUCUCCAUGGCUGUGGCCCUUCAGGACUACAUGGCCCCCGACUGCCGAUUCCUGACCAUUCACCGGGGCCAAGUGGUGUAUGUCUUCUCCAAGCUGAAGGGCCGUGGGCGGCUCUUCUGGGGAGGCAGCGUUCAGGGAGAUUACUAUGGAGAUCUGGCCACUCGCCUGGGCUAUUUCCCCAGUAGCAUUGUCCGGGAGGACCAGACCCUGAAACCUGGCAAAGUCAAUGUGAAGACAGACAAAUGGGAUUUCUACUGCCAGUGAGCUCAGCCUACCGCUGGCCCUGCCGUUUCCCCUCCUUGGCUUUAUGCAAAUACAGUCAGCCCAGUGCAAACGG